AUGAUAGAAUAGAAUUAAUAUUACGAUAAUCUAGAAGACUUUUUAUGCUCCUCUCUGGAAUCUCAUACACUUCUCUUAAUUGAACAAGAUUACCGUUAAAUAGGUGCAUAAGGUGUAUCUACCUUAAGUUCUGCCUUGGCUAAAUGCAUUAAUCUCUAAAAAUUGAAUCUCAAUCUUCGUGAUAAUUAAAUUGGCGUAGAGGGUGCAUCAGCUUUAGCCCAUGCUAUAACAUAGUGUACUAAUCUCGUUAAUUUUGAAAUUAAUCUUGAUAAUAAUGAAAUAAAUGCAGAAGGUUCAUCAAAUAUAAGUGCUGCUUUAUAAAGCUGCUCUAAACUCUCAAAUUUGAUACUUAAUCUUAGAGAGAAUUAAUUAGGUGCCAUUGGCGCACAAACCUUAGGUUAAAAUCUAGUAAAUUGCACAAAAUUGUAAAAUUUGACUCUAGAUCUUUUUGAAACUUAAAUUGGUGAUAAGGGUUUAUCAGACUUAGCCUCUGCUUUAGGAACUUCUACUAAUUUAUUAAAUUUGGCCCUUCUACUUUCUAAAAAUUAAAUCAAUGCACAGGGAGCAUCAGGUUUAGGCUUUGCUUUAACAAAAUGCACUAAUAUUUCAAGUUUGAUACUUAACCUUAAUGAAAAUUAAAUUGGUCCAGAAGGUGCAUCAAGCUUAGGUUCUGCUUUAUUCAACUGCUCUAAUCUCUCAAAUUUGGAACUUUAUCUUUAAUCCAAUUAAUUAGGAGAUAAAGGGGCAUAAGGCUUAGGUAAAGCUUUAACAAAUAGCGCUAAUAUCUCAAAUUUAACACUUGAUCUAAUUGAUAAUUAAAUUGGUGCUGAAGGUUUAUUAGACUUGAGUUCUGGUAUAUCAAAAUGCUCUAGUCUAUCAAAUUUGUAAUUUUACCUAGAUUUCAGUGAUAUUGGUGCAGAAGGUGCAUAAGUUUUAGGUUCUGCUUUAGCUAGUUGCACUUAUCUCUCAAAAUUAAAACUUUCAAUUAGUAAUAAUUAAAUUGGUGCAUAGGGUGCCAUAAACUUAGCUUCUAGUUUAGCAAAUUGCACUAAUCUCUCUGAUUUGACUCUUUUUCUUGGUAACAAUCAAAUUGGUGAUGAAGGCUCAUCAGUCUUAGGGUUUGCUUUAGCUAAGAGUACUAUUCUCUCAAAUUUGAAUCUUUUACUUAACAAGAAUUAAAUUAGUACAAAGGGUGCACUAGCCUUAGAAUAAGGUUUAGCAAACUGCGUUAAACUCUCAAGCUUAACACUCAAUCUUAAUAAGAAAAAAAUGUUUGGUUACGAAGCAUCAUGGUUAGGUUCUGGUUUAGGAAAGUGCACUAAUCUCUCUAAUUUGACACUUCAUCUUGUUAACAAUAAAAUUGAUGAUGAAAGUGCUUUGGGUUUAGGUUCUGGUUUAGGAAAGUGUACUAAUCUAUCAAAUUUAAAGCUUAAUCUUGAUUAGAAUAAUAUUGGAGCAAUAGGUAUAUCACACUUAGGUUCUGCUUUAGAAAAAUGCACUAAUCUCUAAAAUUUGACACUUACUCUAAGCUAAAAUUAAAUUGGUGACGAAGGUUCAUUAAGCAUAGGUUCUAGUUUAGGAGAGUGUAGAAAUCUCUCAAAUUUAAUACUUUAUCUUAACUCAAAUUAAAUUGGUGAUUAAGGUGUAUCAAGCUUAGCUUUUGGUUUAAAAAAGUGCACUAAUCUCUCAAAUAUGACACUUCUUCUUAACUCAAAUUAAAUUAGUAAUUAAGGUGUAUCAGGCUUAGUUUUUGGUUUAAAAAAGUGCACUAAUCUCUCAAAUUUGACACUUCGUCUUUGUUAAAACAAAAUCAAUGAAAAAUAUUAAUUGAAAGAAAAGUUUCUUAAAUUAAAAAGAUUAGUAUCCUUAAUAAUAAGUUUCUGUUGA